GCCAGCGCUUCCUCUUUGAUGCCCCGCGGCUGGACCGUAAAUCAAUGGUGCGCCCAGGCCAAUCGCACUUGCCUUGGUCACUGUACAGAGGUGACGGCUGAUGACGUAUGGGAAAGACCCAAACAGAAGACGCUCGUGUCACGCCAAACAAUAAAGUCGCUUUCCUCCUCUCUCGCCUCAUCCUCAUUACACCACAACAGAUACCCCAAACAACCGCGCAACUCUAUCAACCCCUUCCAUUGUUUCAAUCGCAAUUGUUUAUUUGAUACCCACCUUGAUACCCCAGAAAGCAGCACACCAUGUCUACAGGAAAGGCGGUCAACCGACCGGUCGACGUAAAGCAGAAGGAGGCCGAUGUUAACAACAAGCUCCAGCUUUACGGGAUCUUCCAGGCGUUCGCCAACGGCAAGGUUCCUUCCAACAAGCAGAUCGAUAUUGCCCUGAACUCGGCGCUUGCAUCGAAACCUCUCAGCUCACCAUCCAAGAAGCUUUCGACAGAGGGCCAACAGCUUGUUGGCGACCUGAGGAAGGUCAUUGAGCAAGCCAAGAUCUUGCUCCUCACCAAGAACGAGGGCAACCUUCUCCAGGAUUUCAUCUGGAAUGCUGAGCAGAUCUCUGGUGGAAACCAGACGCUUCCCGGCGCACCCAUUGACAAAGACACCGCUAAACAGCACGGUAACGAGGCUCUUGACGGCCUCCGAACAUUGGGCACACUAUUAAUCUCCAACGGUCAAUUCAGGAAGCUCCUUUCAGAUGCUACCACCCUGCUCCGCGACAUCGCUGGUGAUGCCGCCCAGAACACCGCCAACAAGGUCAAGCCCUCUGAGGAGGCGCUCAACCAGAUGGACAAGCCCGCUGAGGAUAACACCUGGCACGAGAACCCCGACAUGUCCAGGGGUAACCUCAAAGAGACGCUGAGACAGAAGGUGCCUGUGGGCAAGCAGGACGUCAAGCAGGCCGCUGGUGACGUCAACCAGGCCACUCAUCCCGAUGGUUCUCGCGAUCCCCGUGACACUGCCCGUCUCGGUGCCCACGAGGGUCAGACUGGCAACAACACAGGCAUGAACGCGCAGGCCGGACUUGAGCAGGGCAAGCAGCAGCUGUCUGCCAAGAUCCCCGACGAGGAUAAGGAUAAAGUUCGCGCCCGCCGCGACCAGCUGAACAACUACCUCAAGGGCAAGAUGCCUCAGGAGCGUCGCGAGCAGACCAUCUGGCGUCUGAAGAAGAUGGUCGUCGAGGUCCAGGGCCACCAGGACUACCAACGUGCAAUCGAGACACUCCUCAGCCUUGCUGAGCGUUACGCUGGCCACGGCAAGAACCUCGGACAGCAGAGUGUUGGAACUGUGCAAGGUGCGCAUCAAGAGGAUGAUGCUCUCACCCGUGCUGAAGCUGACAUCAAGACCCUUCUCGAGCGCUUCGCCAACAGCACCUCUGCUGACGACCUCAUCGACUCCAUCAACCAGAUCUACAAGGAUGCCGACAACGACCCCGAGCUCAAGGGCUGGUUCAGGCACCUGAACCAAUACAUCCACAAGUGCCUGCAGCAGCAGGGUUACAUCCUGGAGGACCGCUCCACUGAGGAGUGGAACCAGAUCUACGACCAGGGUCACGAGCUCCUGCGCGGUCGCUACCGUGGUCACACCGACCGCAUUGCCGAUGAGUUCAAAUUCAUCGGCCAGCAGUUCGAUGCCGACGAGCAGAAUAGGCAGUUCGCUCAGUCUGUCAACAAGCUCUUCCUCGACCUCGGCAACGACGAGAACGGCAAGACUACAUUCAAGCCUCACCUCGUCAAGGAUUUGACUGACGUCAUCCUGCCUGGCCUCUUUGAGAGUGUGCAGUAUGUCCCUAUCCCUCGUAUCGAGUACAGCGACCCCAUGGUCGAUGCCAUCGUCGAGAACCUGGUCAUCGAGAGUGACAACCUUGCUCCCAACGUCAUGGAGUUCGGCUCCGACAAUUACUGGCGCUGGGGACGCAAAUCGAUCACCAACAAGAACAAGAACAAGGUCAUGCUCUCUGUCUCCGGUGUGCAGAUGGACCUUCGCGAUGUCUCCUACUACCUGAAGAAGAAGCAGGGCUUCCCCUCCAUCACCGACAAGGGUGUCAUGGACAUCUUUAUGGGAGGUUCUGGUUUCAGCUUCAAGGUCGAGCUUGAGACUGCCGACAAGGCUCGUGAGCACGCUCAGACUCAUUUCUUCAAGGUCACCAAGGUGGAGACCGACAUCCAGAACUUGGCCGUUAAGCUCAAGAAGAGCAAUCACAAGCUGCUCUUCAACAUGUUCAAGCCUCUGUUGUUGAAGGUCAUGCGCCCUGUCAUCCAGAAGGUUCUCGAGAAGCAGAUCAAGGACUCUGUCAACCAGCUUGACGGCAUGCUCUACGACGUCAAGAAGGAGGCCGACCGCGCUGAGGCUGAGGCCAAACGCAACCCCGAUCCUGAGAACCUCCAGAAUAUGUAUCAGCGCUACGCUUCUGCCGCCCAGAACCGCGUCAUGCAGGGCAAGCAGAAGAAGGAGCAGAUGAAGGAAAGGACCAAGGAUACUCAGGUCAACGUUGCUGUCACUCAACACGACUCUAUCUUCAAGAACAUCUCCCUGCCCGGUGGUAUCUCGACCAAGGCUACCGAGUACAAGGAGUUGGCUGCAAAGGGUGACAAGUGGGAAAGCCCCAUCUUUUCCAUUGGCUCUGCUCGCGAGACCUCAAGCCUGCCCCAGGUCGCUAAGGUCACCCGCAAGCCUCACGGACGUGCUGGCGGCUACGGCUCCACCACCACCCACACCGGCACUGGCUCAGGUCUUGGCUCCUCUGGACGUGAUCAGUACGAUGGUGCUGGUGCCGGCUACGGCAACCAGGGCUACGGCAACCAGGGUCUCGGCUCUAACACUGGUUACGGCAAUCAGGGUCUGUCUUCUGGUCAGGGCCUUGGUGCUGGCGCUGGCCUCGCUGCUGGAUCCGGUCUUGCUGCCAGCCAGGGACUGCCCGACCGCUCAGGUCUUGGCCACCAGUCUGGUCAGAUCGGCUCCGGACCUGGUAACUCUGGCCUUGCCCAUGGACACCACCUCGGUGGACAGUCGGGCGACUACCCUCAGGGACUGAACCAGCAGCAGCUGGGUGGCACUGGUGAGGGUCUCUACAACACCUCUCACUCCUCCACUCACCCCACCUCCACGGCUGGUCAGUUCGCCAACCAGGUCGACAACGCCUUUGACAGCGCUACUGGUCACGGUCACGGCGGCGGUGUUGCCUCAACCACCGGCCCUGGCGCUGCCGUUCAGGGUGAUAGCCAGUUCCACACCACCUUUGGCGACCAGAACCCCGUGUUCCAGGGCCGUACUUAAGUAUGCUUCAUAGCGAUACUCCGGUGCGUCACUUUGGCUGCUUGAUGCGUAGCAAGGCAAAUUACGAUAACGAUUCUCUCUGGAUGAUACCACGAUUGCGCAGAGCGCAUAGCACAUGGAGACGGGCUUUGGUUUCUGAGUUGUCUGCGCUUACAAAAUUUCCUAUUGGCAGUAAUAAUUAAUACAUUGGUUCAGUUUACAUCUUCGUUCUGCGUUUGUGAGUGAUGUGUGUUAUACCGAAGGAUCUCUCUGGCGCGCUAUUCUCAACGAAACAAUCUGCUCUUCGCACAAAUGCUCCAUGGUUCCAUUCUUCAUCCUAAUAGUACUUAUGCUAGUGGACUAGACACGGUUGUGAUGCUCUUUAGUGAUCCCUUCCGCCAUAAAGGCGUGGCCUCGGAGCAGGAACAUGGCGAGCGUAAGGAUGUGG